AUGGGGCCAGCGGGGUAUCGGCAGCGGCGUGAUGGAGCAGGCAGAGUGCAGCAGGAUGAGGCCCAUGGAGAGGUGGUGGGAGCCGGGGAGCUGGCAAUGGGCCCACUGGGUCUCCCCGUGUCCCUGCCUGCUGCCAGGGUGCUUGGGAGGCAGGCAGAGAAGGGGGGCCCUGGCUCCCCGGCCCCAGCUCUUUGCCCGGCUGGGGCAGUGCGAAGCCUCAUGCUGCUGUGUCUCUGUGCCGCUCCAGCAUCAGCCUGUGGGAUCCAGGCCAGCCCAUCCCCCUGGAGAUCAGUGCAGGAAUUUGUGGCCACGGAUCAGUUCCCGUGGGUGGUGGCACUGCAGGACACGCAGCGCAACCUCCUGGCCUUCGGCUCCAUCCUGAACGAGCACUGGAUCCUCAGCGCCGCAUCCAGCCUGCGGAGCAGGCAGCAGGUGCUGGCCUUGGUUGGGCUGAGCGCCAUGAAGAGGCGAUGGGAGGACCAGCCCCAGUAUUCGAUCAGCUCUGUCAUCCCCCACGAGGACUUUGACGAGGUGACGCUCUACAACAACGUCGCUCUGCUCAGGACAGCCACCCCACUGAAGUUCAGCAGCAUCGUUCAGCCCAUCUGCUUCCCCUACGGGAGCCUCUCUGCCUCGGACCUCGUGAACUGCUGGGUCUCGGGCUGGAUCCAUCCCACCGCAGGGGCUGCCCAGAGCCACAGGCUCACGGUGGUCCCUCGGCCAGGCAGGGGAAAGUGCUGCAGCGACUUCCUGAGGAUGCUCUCUGUGGUGGACGUGGAUCCCUGCCCGCUGAAAAGGAUCACUGCAACUGCAUGCUGCAGCCACAGGGACGCCGACAAAGUGGCAGGCUGUUUGGGUGAUGCCGGCAACCCCGUCAUGUGCCAGAUUAGAGGGACUGAGAAAUGGGUCCUGAAAGGCAUUCUCAGUGAGGGUGGCAUGAGAUGCUACGGACCGUUCCUGUAUACCGCAGUGUCCUACUACAGUGACUGGAUCUUGGCCACCACUGAGAGGAGAGGACCUCCCGCAUUCCCCAUGCUAGGAAUCCCCCCUGGUUCCUCCUGCAUUAAGUGA